AUGGCGGGUGCGAGGUUGUUGUGCGCCGCCUGGCUCGUGCUGCUGGUGCGAGUGGAGGCCCAGUUUCACCCGGUCUCCUCCGGGCACGAGUUUCCCCAGGCCGCGGCGUGGGACCGGGUGCUCACGGACAUCCCCCACCGUCUGCUGUGUCACGAGCUGUGUCUUAAAGACGUCUCCUGCACCUCCUUCCAGUACAACCAGACGUCUCGGGAGUGCAGGGUCAGCAUCGCGACGGACGCCUUCGAAGAUCAUCCGGACGACGAAGUGGACGAUUCCCUGCACGAUUUACCACUGGACGGACUUCUGCCUACAGCAUCACACUCUGAUCCCGGCUGCUUCUCUGAGCAGGACGCCUGUAUCAACGGCCAGGUGUGCCGAGACAGGUGCGUCAAUGACGGCGUCGUGGACUGCACCUGUCGGUCACCUUCAUGGACCAGGCCAGACUGCAAGACCACUGAACUGGGUACCUGGGGAGACUGGGGUCCGUGGGGAGACUGUUCUGUGAGCUGUGGAGGCGGGGCCAAGACGCGCAUGCGCACUUGCAGGGACGAGUAUGACGGGAAGACGUGUGUGGGACGGGACAGUGACGUCAAGCUUUGUAAGAAGCAGAACUGUCCAGAGUGGAACGAGUGGGGAAGCUGGACGAAGUGUACGAGAUGUGGCCGGUCCCGUACCCGGACCCGCACCUGCCCUGUCCCGGGAGACUGUCCGGGGCCUGAUGUCGAGAAAAAGUCCUGUAUGGGCAGCAAGGAAUGCUCAACACAUGUCAGACUGCAGAGAGGCCUGUUCGUGACUGACGGGUGGGUGGAAGUUUGGGACCAGCUGAACGGCUACUGGAGGCCGCUGUGUGGGGAGUGGACAGAACAGGACGGGAGGGUGGCCUGCCGCCAUGUUGGAUUUAAGGACGUAGAGGUCGACACACCACAUGGCAUAAUGAGCAUGGGCUGCUUUAGCGACGACCCCGGCAACAUGAGCCCAGCAGAUGCCUGGAACACUACACUCAACGGACCCUCCAUGACGUCAUCGUCUCCUCAGGACUGCCUGGCCUUCUGUCGUCAGCGGGGAUUCAAAUAUGCUGCGAUCAGGGAGACUAACGUCUGUCAGUGUGGAAGAGGAUACGCCCGGAACGAAGAAGUACACCCGGCGGCCUGUAACGCUCCAUGUGCCGAUGCUGAAGACCUCACUUGCGGCAGUCAGACAACCAACCUGCUGAAUGACGUCUAUACAUACGCUCCGCUCGGUAACAUCAUGUACUUCCCCAUGGACGAGAAGCGCGCAGAGAUCGGGGAGCUGGUGGGAAACCCCUCGGCGAACACCUUCAACGACGCCGGGGUGACGGAUGGAGUGGUCGGUAAAGCUCUGUACCUGGACGGGAACAACCAGUGGGCCAAAACUGACAGGCUAGACGGGACGUGUCUCGGGAGCACGACACUGUGUCCUGAGUUCGCACAAACUGCCUGGCCUGGCGUUGAUUUAAAAAUGAGACCCAAGCAUUGGAUGAUGAACAUGGUCAGGUGA